AUGGUCGCCAAAAAAUUAGCCUUGGGCCUGCUCCCGACAUGGGCAUUAGGCCAAAGCAAUGUGAAAUGGAUAACUGUGGAGGAUGGCCCAGCACCGUCCUUCUCAUUGGCUUCAUCCGGUAUCUCAUAUCAGUUCCACGUCGACCCUUACACGUUAGAUCUGAUUCAUGAUCACUGGGGCGGCUAUGCCGCAGAGACCGUCCCCCAAGACACUGGUAACAGGAAUGGAUGGGGUGGUCCAUACACCUACCGGCUUCGUGAAUUUCCCGAUUCCGGCCGAGGCGACUUCCGUACGCCGGCGAUCCACAUUCAACAUGCAACCGGGGACACCGUUUCCGCCUUCGCGUACACCGGCUACGAGGUGAAAGCCGGUAAACCCGGGCUGCCCGGGCUCCCGGCCACUUAUGGAAAUGAAGACGACGUUUCUACACUUAUAGUGCAUCUAUAUGACGAAUAUUCAGCCAUCUCAGCGGACCUUUACUACUCAAUCUUCCCAAAGCACAAUUCUAUCGCACGUAGCUUCCGUCUUACAAACAAGGGGAACAACACGGCGACUGUGCAAAGGGCAAGUAGCUGGAGCAUCGACAUGCCUAACGAAGAACUUGAUCUAAUUGAUCUUCGGGGAGACUGGGCUGGUGAGGCUCAUAUAAACAGACGCUCAGUGGGAUUUGGAGAGCAAGGCUUCCGGUCAACGGCUGGUUACUCGUCCCAUUUCCACAAUCCAUUUUUUGCACUUGCUCCUCCUAGCACCACGGAAUUACAAGGGCCUGCAACGGGGUACGCCCUUCUGUACACAGGUUCGUUCGCCGCAAACGUAGAACGAUGGUCAACAGGCUGGGUGCGGGUACUACUUGGUCUUAACCCAUUGCAUUUAUCAUGGCCUCUCGAGCCGGGCGAUACCUUCAUCUCUCCGGAGGUAGUCUCUGCAUACUCCUAUAGAGGCUUUAGUGGAAUGUCACAGUCAUUGCACUCUUUGUUCAAAAACCAACUAUCGCGCGCUAACCAGACGUUGGAAACCCGGCCAGCUCUCCUAAACUCCUGGGAAGGUCUCAAGUUCGAUUAUAACAGCACUUCCAUGGUGGAACUAGCCAAAGGAGCUGCAGAUCUAGGCUGUAGACUAUUUGUGAACGACGAUGGCUGGUUUGGUACAGACUACCCGCGUGAUAAUGACAGCCUCGGUUUAGGCGACUGGGUUCCUCAGGAGAAGAAGUUCCCCGAAGGCCUGGGUCCCUACGUCGACGAUGUGAAUGCGAUCACUGUAGCUAAUUCGUCUGAUAAGAUGAUAUUUGGCUUAUGGUUUGAGCCAGAAAUGGUGAACCCGAAUUCGGAUCUUUACGCUGAACACCCUGAUUGGGUUCUUCAUGCAGGAUCCCACAAUCGCACUCUACUGCGUUCCCAGCUAGUACUCAACCUCGGACUACCAGAGGUGCAGGAAUACAUCAUCACUACGGUCGGAGGAAUCCUUGAUUCGGCUAAUAUCAAGUACGUCAAAUGGGAUAAUAACCGCGGACAGCACGAGCUCCCGUCGCCCGCUGCUAACCACGCCUACAUGUUAGGUUUGUACCGCGUGAUAGACAAUCUCACAAGCGCACACCCUGACGUCCUAUGGGAAGGCUGCGCUUCAGGCGGAGGCCGCUUUGACGCAGGACUGCUGCACUACUGGCCACAGACCUGGACAUCGGAUAACACGGACGGCCUCAGCCGGCUACAGAUCCAAUUCGGAACAUCAUACGCGUACCCGCCCUCGUCAAUGGGCUGUCACGUCAGCGCCGUUCCCAACGACCAGAUCGGCCGCAUAACACCCCUCGCUUUCCGAUCAGCUGUGGCGAGUAUGUGCGGCUCGUAUGGUCUAGAGCUAGACCCCAAGGAUCUAACGCAGGAAGAGCGGGACAUGAUCCCGGGCAUGAUCUCCCUCCAGCAAGAGAUCAACCCGCUCGUGAUCAACGGGGACUUUUACCGCCUUGCGCUUCCGGAGCAGUCGAACUGGCCGGCCGCUAUGUUCGCGCUGCCCGACGCGAGCGCGGGCGUGCUAUUUGCGUUCCGGAUUCGAUCCGAGACGAAACCCCUGCCACCACCGGUGAAACUGCGAGGUCUGGAUGCCGAUGCUAAGUAUAAGCUCACCGGGGGUUCGUUCAACGCUACGUUCUCUGGAUCUACGCUUAUGAACACGGGGCUUAGCUUGAAGUGGCCGAAUGGGGAUUAUCAGAGCUAUAUUAUCAAAUUAGAGAGGGUAGAGGGUGGAUGA